AUUUAAAUAACAAUUGUACAGAAAUGGCGGUGUGACAGUUACACGUUUAAAUUUCCGUUAAAAAAUAUUUAUUUAAUUUGCCAAAAUUUUGUAAACUGAUGUGUAUUUGUGAUUUCAGUUAUGUGAAAUUAAUUAAAACAACUUUCAACAUACAAUACUAGGCGUCAUCGAUUCAAAGAGAAAGUAGAAAUUGACAAGAGAAUGUCGAAGUCCCGAAACAGUAAAGCACCCCUUGAAGAAAAAAUUGAGAAAAGUUGCAAAGAUUUUGUGGAACAUGAACUAAAACUUUUUAUGGACGACCCUGAGCGCACAUUUCAUACUUUCCCUUCAGGCUUAUCAAAAGUAGAACGAGCAUUUAUUCACAGACGAUGCCAAUCAAUUGGCUUGAGUACAAAAUCAUCAGGUAAAGAACCAAACCGAAUACUGACCAUAUCAAAAAACACCUCCACAAUGAGUGCUGCUACAUUACUAAAUUUGAGCGAGGAAGCUGACUCAGCUCUAAAUGAGUUAAUAUACCAACAUGGUUCAUAUGCCAGUAUUAAUAUUGCAAACAAAAACAAUAUCAGCAAGCAGAUACUAAACGAUUCUAAUUUUGGAAGGCUCAGCUAUGGAAAUCUUGUUAAUGUGCCACAAAUUCAGCCCAAUAAUUUGUUAAAUUUUCGUAAAACGUUACCAUCGUGGAAUUGUCGAGACGAAUUUCUAAGUCAUUUAGAAAAUAAUCAAAUAGUUAUAGUAACUUCUGAAACUGGAUCAGGUAAAACGACACAAUUUCCCCAAUUUAUCUUAGAAGACUUUUGCAGUAAAAAUAAGCCUUGCCGCAUUAUUUGCUGUCAACCUAGACGCAUCUCUGCUGUUUCUGUGGCUGAAAGGGUAGCAAAAGAAAGGGGGGAAAAAGUGGGGCAAACAGUUGGUUAUCAAAUUAAACUGGAGUCAAGUAUGGGUCCUAAAACGUCUUUGAUUUAUUGCACAAACGGGGUCCUGUUAAGGACCUGCAUGAAAGGCUACAAGUGCCUAGUUAAUGUAACACACGUUAUAUUGGACGAGAUACACGAGAGGGACAAAUUUUCUGACUUUCUAAUGAUAUGUCUUCGCGAAUGUCUCCAUGAAUACCCUAAUAUGAAGCUGAUACUUAUGUCAGCCACCAUGAAUAUUUCAGAAUUCAAAUCUUACUUUCCCACUGCAUCUAUAAUGACCAUACCAGGGAAAAUGUAUCCGGUAGAAAGGCAUUACCUUCCUGAAAUUUUACAAAAGAUAGAUUAUGAACUGUACGCACCUAGAACCGAUGAAUUCUCUGAAGAUGGUUCUGACGCAGGAGCCUGCAAAAUGAGUUCCGAAUAUGACGAAGUGUUAAAAAACGAAAUGAUUGCGGCAAUAGACGAAUGCAUUGCACAUGGAACCGAAGAUACUUUUGCUCAUGUUAUGCAAUUAAUUUUGUCCGAAUCAGCAUGGAUUGACCAGCAAAAUUCCAGAGGGUAUACCCCCUUAAUGGCAGCUAUAAUGUAUGGGCAGCUCGAGCUUGUUGAACAACUUCUUUGCAUGGGAGCUGAUAUAUCUCUGAAGUCUUGUGAAGGGCUUUCUGCGGCUGAUUGGGCUGCAUAUUACAAUAAAUGGGAUGUCCUGGAACUUUUAUCUUUAAUGAAUGCUGCCAAACCCAAUACCAUUCCCAAUGCCGCCUACAGUUCCGAACUUCUUGACGCAUGUGAUAAAAUAAUAUCUAGAGAUGCGAUUGAUUGUAAUCUUAUCGCAAGAAUAAUUUUCUUUAUUCGAGAAAAAGAUCCUUCUGGGAGUGUUCUUGUAUUUUUACCCGGCUACGAAGACAUACUGAACUGCAGAGACGCGAUAACGCAACACAAUAGUUUCAAUGACAACGAUUUUGAAAUUUAUAUAUUGCACAGUAGCAUGCAGAUUGGAAAUCAGGCUCAGGUUUUCAACGUUAUCCAGGGGAAACAAAAACUAAUAUUGUCUACAAAUAUUGCCGAAACUAGUAUUACUAUUGAUGAUGUGGUUUACGUUAUUGACUCUGGAAAAAUGAAGGAAAAGACUUAUGAUGCAAUCAGUGGCAUUUCUUCUCUUCAAACUUUUUGGAUUUCUAAAUCUAACGCUGACCAGAGACGGGGCAGAGCUGGCAGAACUCGUCCAGGAGAAUGUUACUGUUUGUACUCUAAAGAGACGUAUGAUUCGUUUUUGCCUUAUCGUACCCCUGAAAUUGUUAGGGUCCCUUUACACGAACUUUGUCUUUUAACCAAAUUAUUGUGCCUACAAGAUAUGUCCAUAGCCGAAUUCUUGGAUAAGGCCAUGGAUCGACCAUCUAAAAGGUCCGUGGAGUCUGCAAUAGCCUCCUUAAUAUCUCUUGGAGCUCUGGACGAGGACGAAAACUUAACCGCUUUGGGUUCUCAUAUGUUACAGUUGUCUGUUGAGCCCCAUUUGGGAAAAAUGUUGAUUUAUUCUAUAGUUCUAAAAUGCUUAGAUCCCAUGUUGACCAUAGUUGCAUCGUUGACCUAUAAGGACCCCUUCAUUUUGCCCAUAAAUUCUGAAAAAAAGACCCUAUGCAAUCAAAGGCGUCAUGAAUUUUCUGGACAAAGUUUCAGCGAUCACAUGAUAUUGUUGAAGGUUUUCCAGGAAUGGCAGCACGCACGAAGUAAUAAUAAGGAGCGGCUUUUCUGUCGUCAAAACUUUGUGAGUGCAGCGUCGAUGGAAAUAAUUGCUGGAAAUAGGGCGCAGCUUUUGAAGCAAUUAAGGGCUGCAGGAUUCGUCCCCACUCGUCCCUCCGAUGCCAUACAGCUGCUCAACGUUCACGCCGAGAGUUGGCCCAUGAUAAAGGCUGCUAUGAGUGCGGGGCUUUACCCAAACGUUGCUUACGUUCAUGAAAACAGCUUACGUACAAAGACAGAAAAGAAGGUCUUUAUUCAUAAUAUAUCCUGUUUGAAACGUCUAAAUUUAGCUGGAGAUAAAGAAGCUGACGGACUGUGGAUCCUUUAUGAAGAACUGAUAAAAAUGAGACUCCAGUCUAGUAUAAAGUUUGGCACUGUUGUGACACCCAUAAUGAUUGCAUUGAUGUGUGGUCAAGAAACGAAGUCUUUCAUAGAAAACGAACACGAUCCCACCACGACUUUUACAAUUGACGACUGGAUAACGUUUGAGAUCCCGAAUACUAAUCUUCUUAAGCUGAGGAAGAUGUUGGACACAAUAGUGUUGAAGAAGGUUUUAAAUCCGCAUACCGUGCCAACGUCGCAGGAAAAUGGCAUCUUGAAAGGCCUUUUAGAGAUACUCCACGUCGAAGAUGCCAAAUACGGUUUGAAACAACCUGAAGGGAUAGGGAUUCCUCCAAAACCAAUUUCUUUUGACAGUGUUAGAGCAUUUCGAGCAGGUAGUCAAAGGGUUGGCAAUAACGACAGAGCCUAUGUGAGAGGUAAAGGUGCCAUUCCUAAAACCCGAAUCCGACCCCAGCAAGAACCCAUGGGAAGAUCGGAUCCUGCUCCAACUUGGCGAGAUUUUCCUGCAAGCCCUUAUUUACCCUUAAAAGCCAUGUUAAGGAAUGAAUAUUCCGAAAACAAUCACGCUGAACUCUUCCGGAAAGCUCUCAUGGAAAUGGAAAGGAAAGAAACAGAAAAUUGGAGGUCAAACAGCUCUCAGGAUAAUUGUGGAACGAAUUUUCAACACCAAGAGCCCUCGUCGUCUCACCAGAACAAUUGGAGGACUAGGAAUCAACAGGAUAUGCCCACGCCUUCGACCAGUUGUGAAUAUUUUAAUAAUAACUACAGGGGCGUCCCACGGUCCCCAAAGAAGACGGAACAGUUUGACAAUUGCAUUACUGGUGACGUUCAGUUUUUCGUAGUCAAACCCAAGACAAUGAAAAGCAUUCAAAUAAGUCAAGCGCAGGGAACGUGGCUGUUUUCGCCACACAUGGAAAGAAAACUUAUAAAUUUACCUAACAAAGACGCAAACGUCGUCUUGUUCUUUUCCGUCCAAAGAUCCCGCGCCUUCCAAGGGGUCGCACAACUGAAAACCUUGGGACGCAUCUUGUACAACACCUCGCACCGCGUAAAGUGGCUUAGUACGUACAAUGUGCCUUACGAAUGUACCAGUAACUUCAUAAACGUAAUAAAUGAGAAGCCAGUGAACGCGUGUGAAGACGGCCAGGAAAUUGACCACUCUACCGGAUACACCAUGUACCAGAUGUUCUUCGACUUUUCGCCGCAAAAGUCCCGUGUCAGAGCCAUCUUGGGGUGCCGACGAUAAACUUGUAAUACUCGUAAAGUUGUUCCUUUUCCAGGUUUUCAAUUGUAAAAUCGAAAAGGAACUUGCAGACUGAUAUUCUUGUGAUUAUUAUUUUUUUGUUUCUUAAGUAAUUAGUAUAGUACAAAGAACCGUCAAAAUUAUAAAUUUACAUGAAUUGUACAAUUCGCGUUCAAUUUUCAAAUUUUAACUUGGCAGCUAAGUACAGUAAUUCUAUUGGUCUUGAGAAUAUUUCGUGUUGCCGUGGUUUCGUAUUUUAAUUUUUUUUCUUUUGAUGUAAGUUCUAGUGCAUAAGGUAAUUAAUUGAAUUUAAGUUCCUAACGUUUUACUUGAAAGAAUUGAUUUUAAUUUUGUUAUUUCUUUUUGAUAAUUGUAAAUAAUCACUACGUUGUGUAGCGUUUUAUCUUAUGGAAUUGUAAAUACAAUCGGUUUUACUAAUAUUGUUAAUUUAUUUAAAAUAUACGUCGUUGGUAGCUGCCGA